GAAAAUAAUGUCCAAAUGGGUUUCAAAGAGUUCAAAAUCUAUCAAAUGGAAGUAUUGCACCAUGCCCAUGCUCUUCAACUUUUUUGCAAGCAUGCUUUUAAAAUGGAUUCUCCUCCACAUGACUACGUUGAUAUUUCUCGCGAUAUUAUUGGGAAAGCUGAUGGACUUCCUUUGGCUCUCGUAGUUAUUGGUUCCUCUCUUUAUCGAAAAAGUAAACAACUUUGGAAAGAUACGUUGAAGAAAUUGAAUUUAGUUCCCAAUCAAGAUGUCCAUCACAAAUUAAAGAUUAGUUUUGAAAUGCUAGAGGAUGCACAGAGGGAAAUUUUUCUUGAUAUUGCAUGUUACUUUAUUGGUGAAAAGAGAAUACAUCCACAUUAUAUGUGGAAAGCAUUGGAUUAUUUCCCAAGAAGUGAAAUCCUUGUCCUUACGCGUAUGUCUUUGAUAAAGGUUGAUGAUUUUGAUAGACUAUUGAUGCAUGACCUGCUCAGAGACCUUGGAAGAGAAAUUGUUCGACAAGAGGACCUCCAAAUGCCUGGGAAACGUAGGAGACUAUGGUGUCCCAAGAUUGCGUUGGACGUAGUGCAGAGUAGAAUGGGAACAGAGAAUAUCAUAGCACUGAAAUUAAUUGGACUUUCCAAAGAGCAAGACUUUACAAGUGAAGAGUUUUCAAGACUGCCUAGCUUAAGGUUCUUGGAGUUAGAGGGUGGUAACUUGGUAGGAGACUUUACAAAUCUUCUCUCGAGUUUAAGAUGGCUCUCUUGGCAUCGUUGCCCUUCAGACUUGCAUACUGUCAAUCUAUGUUUAUGGAAUUUAGUUGUGCUCAAGAUUUCGGACAGCAACAUUCCCAAGAACUGGAAUGGAUGGGACUCAUGCUUGGCAAAUCGUGACUUGAAAGUUAUACAUCUCACUAGAUGCCAUCUCUCGACGGUUCCUGACUUCUCGACGUGCUUGAAUUUGAAGAUACUAGUUUUUGAUGAACAUAGUCCAAAGUCACUACAGAUAGGUAAUUCUAUCUGUAAGCUAGAGCGCCUAAAGCGCUUAGAAAUAAUUGCACCCCCAGUUCAGCUGUCAAAGUUGUCCGAAAGCCUCGAUUUUGACCUAUUUGCAGUGCCUUCUGCAAUAUAUGGUCUGAAGUACCUAUCAAGUCUAAAGCUGGAGGGGCAGUGUAUACAAGAGCUUCAUCCCUCUAUUGGAGAGAUGGUGAGCUUGACGUGCUUGUCUUUAAGGGAUUGUCAUCAGCUUAGAAAGCUUCCUGACUCCAUUGGGAAAUUGAGAUCAUUGCUCGAGUUGGAUUUGGCCCAGACAGAAAUAAUAGGGCUACCUGAUUCUAUUGGAUAUCUAAAAAAUUUAGAGAAAAUGAGCCUGGAUUUUACUCCGAUAAGAGAGCUACCAAACUCCAUCGGAGGACUACAAUCAUUGCUUGUCUUAGACUUGUUGGGUACAAAGAUUACAGAAUUGCCUGCUUCCAUUGGAUAUCUUAAAAGGUUGGAGCGCUUGCUUCUAGAUCAGAGUGAGAUAAGAGAGCUACCAAAGGCCAUAGGGAUGCUGGAGAAUCUUAAAAUGUUGUUUUCCCAAGAUUGUAGAAAUCUUGAGGGGGAAAUCCCUAUGGAGGAGUGGAAUUUAAGUAAAGAUAUCACAUGGCCUCCUGAGCUUUGGACACUUAGCAUAUCAUGUGACGAUCCGCGAUCUCUCACAAGGCUUCCUUUCACUCUUCGUCUUUUGGAAUUAAGUGAUGUCAAGUUACCACUAGAAGAGCCAUUCUUUUCCAACUUGAGAUAUCUGAGAAAUUUGUCUGCGUUAUCACUUUUCAGAUGUCGGUUGAAAGAGGUCGAGUUUGAACAGUUAGAGACACUGCAUCACUUGAUUGUUGUAGAAUGUGAAUUGUUAGUGAGGCUAUCGGGUUUAUCAAGCAUAGGGAAGCUCGAAGAGCUGACGGUGAAUAGUUGCUCACAACUACUCGAGAUUCGAGAUUUAGGAGAAUUGGAAUCACUGAAAACUUUGUCAAUUCAGGAUUGCGGCUCCAUAGAAAGGUUACCUAAUCUAUCAAAACUACAUGAGUUGCGGACAUUACACCUCUUACACUGUGAAUCACUGCAAGGUUUGCCUGAUGUACCAAACACAUGCCAUCCCUAUGUUCAUGGAUGCCCAACAUUAUGCGGGUCUGGUGACAAGCUCAGAGAUUGUAGAAAAUGUUGCAAAUUGAGAGGGUACAUAACCGCCAUUUUCCCAACUUGGUUUUAUGGAGUGCCACGACUUGCAAGGCCGAGUACGUAG